UUAAAAAUUAAAAAAAAAAAAAUAGCUCAUUCCUGGGAGUUUAGUAACCAUGAUGUGAGUAUUGAGUCCAUGGGAACCCAGAGCGAGGUUUGGACGACUAUGGGUUCGUUUAAGGAAAGAGUGGUUGUGUGAGGAGGCAGCAGCAGCAGCAGCAGCAGCAAGCAGCAAGCAGCAAGCAGCAAGCAUGCAGGCGGCGGACGUCGCGUGCGCCGCGUUGCUGCUGGCGAUCAUCGCGGUGUCGCUGCUGUCCAACCUCCUGGUGCUGAUCUGCUUCGCGCACAACCCGGAGAUCCGCAAACAAGCCCCCGCGCUCUUCAUCCUCAACCUGACCUUCUGCAACCUGUUGCAGAGCGUCUCCAACAUGCCCCUCACCCUGGCGGGGCUCCUCACAUCGGGCCAACAGCACCGCGGAGGAGGUGCAGGUGGUGGAGGGGGUCUCUGCCAGACGGUGGGCUUCCUGGACACGUUCCUCACCACCAACUCCAUGCUGACCAUGGCGGCGCUCAGCAUCGACCGGUGGGUGGCGGUGGUCUUCCCGCUGAGCUACCACUCCAGGGUACGACACAGAGACGCCGUGGCGGCGCUGGGCUACACCUGGGCGCACUCUCUGUGCUUCUCCGCCGCCGCCUCCUGCCGCUCCUGGGUGGGCUACCACCACCUGUACGCGUCGUGCACCCUGAUCUGCGCCAAGGCCAAGGGGGCCGGGCUGCACUUCGUGGUCUUCACGUUGGCUCUGCACGGUCUCAGCUUCCUGCUGGCCCUGGUGGCCAUGUGCGUGACCUACUUGAAAGUGCUCCGAGUGGCCAGGUUCCACUGUAAGCGCAUCGACGUGAUCACCAUGCAGACGCUGCUGUUGCUGGUGGACAUUCACCCCAGUGUUCGCCAGAAGUGCCUGGACGAGCAGAAGCAAAGGAGGCAACGGUCCACCAACAAGAUCAGCACCUUCAUCGGCACGUUCGUGGUGUGCUUCACCCCGUACGUCAUCACCAGAAUUGUGGAGCUGUUCUCCCCGGAACACAUCAACGCUCACUGGGGGGUGCUGUCCAAAUGUUUGGUGUACGGCAAAGCGGCCAGCGACCCCUUCGUGUACUCGCUGCUCCGCCACCAGUACAGGAAAACCUUUGGCCUCCUGGCUCGCAAGAUCCUCGGCAGGAGCCGGCGGGAUUCCUUCUCCCUCGCUUUGAAGGCCAACGCCAGGAGGGACCAAGACGCCCAGCACACUGCCAACGCUACUUGUGAUCACAUCCAAGCGCCCGGCAGCAAGCCGUCUCUUGGCCAGUGAAGCGGAGACCACGAUUGUAUUUUCUCCCUACUGGAAAUGUCUUGGUGUUUUGUUUCGAGGAAGCUGUGGCGGAAUUUCCACCCGUGUUUAUUUCUAUAAACCUCUUUAAAUGUUUACAUUUUCAUAUGAUCACUGUCCUCUCACUGAUGAGCUAUCUCCAAAAGGGUUGUGGUCUACUCAUCAUACGGUCUUUGCGGACUAUCUGUAACCCACAGGCGCAAUGUUGGUGACCCCAAUUCUAAGACAUGCGCAGACAGCCACAGUUUCACCUACUGGAGAAAUUUAAAUGCAUCUCCCAACAAAGAACUAACUACCCAAUGGUGGUCUUGAACCUGAGACCCUAAGACUAAGAGUGUGAUGCUCUCGCAAAUGAGUUCACAGGUCUUCUUUUGUGCAGAAGAGUCCUUUCUUGUUACUUCAUAGAGUAAAUCUGAUGGGUAAAACACUUUCACCUGAAACACAUCUGACAACAAAGAAACAACCACCCAAUGUGGGACUUGAACCCACGACCCUGAGAUUAAGAGUUUCGUGCUCUACCGACUGAGCCUCUAUCAUGUAAAAACAUAUCUCUGACUCAGAGUAAAUUUGGUCAGGAACAAUUUUUAUUUUUAUUUUUUUUAAUUGAACAAUUGUUUACUCGCUGGCCGGCACGGUGAUCGACUGGUUAGCACGUCUGCCUCACAGUUCUGGAUACCAGGGUUCGAAUCCCAGGCCCGCCUGUGUGGAGUUUGCAUGCCUGGGUGGCUUUUCUCCAGGCACUCCGGGUUCCUCCCACAUCCCCAAAACAUGCGUGGUAGGUUGAUUGAAGACACUAAGUUGCCCGUAGGUGUGAAUGUGAGUGCGGAUGGUUGUUUGUUUAUAGGGGCCCUGCGAUUGGCUGGCGACCGGUUCAGGGUGUACCCCGCCUCGCGACCCUCGAGGGGAUGUGUGGUAAAGAAAAUGGAUGGAAGGAUGGAUGUUUACUAGGUGCCAGACUGCUGCUUGUUGUUCGCUGUAGCUAUCUUGCACACAUUUCUGCGUGCAAGUCAAGACAAAAAAACAGACAAAAAAAUCGUAUCUUGAAAAAGUCAGAAGUCAAGUCACUCAUAAGUCGAUGUACCACUGUAUUCUUGCAACAUUACUAAUGCUUUCUUGUAAUUUUGCUUUUUUUCCAACGUAGCUCUAAUACUGCAUCUUAGUAUUACAUAAAUAUAACAGAUUUCUAUAUGAAACAGUUUAAACAAAAAAUUGAAAAAGAGUUUGGCUUUGUCAUGUUCAUUUCUUUUUUUAAAUUCAAAACAAAAAUCAUUUGUGAUAGUUUUUCAGAUUGAAAACAAGAAUUGAAGAUACAUGUUUUUUGUUUUUUACUGAAUAGCAACAAAACUCUUAAUGAAUCAACAAUUUGUUUUGUUGCCAUUAACUGCUACAAUUAUGUUCCAUAUGUGAACAAGACAACGGCACAACUUCAACUGAAAUGCAUUACUGUCACUAUACUGUUAUUCAUAGCAUCUCAACUGGGCGCUUUGAUUAAAAUUGAAGCACAACCUCAAUGGACGGAUUAGACGCACUACUGUAUGUGUUCAGGGGAUAAUGUAAAACGUGAUGUCCAUUGGGACAAUAUAGCGCCUUGUACACGCGGCAGCGAAUGACGCAGGUUGAUUUAUUACGAUGGAGCUGUCAGGCAGGAGGAGUUGUAAAGUGCCUUUUAGACAAUGAACUCUCAUUUAAUCGAAAACCUUCGGGAACCUUUUGGUAUGGUGUGACAAUGUCAUGCAGGUCGUGUUCGUGUCGUGGGUAUUUUAUUGAGUUUGAGCAGCACUAAUGUGAGGUUAAAAACAGGGUAAGUAAGGUGUGUAGCAAGGAUUCAUCAAUGUACAACGGACAUUCUACCUCGGGACCAGUGAAGGAUUUCAGACACUAUGACGAAUUAGGAUGUUGACUACAAGGUGUUUAAGUGGUAUCCAUUUAUUUAUUUUCAUCGAACUGUGUAUGUUGUUUGCAAACUGUCAGUUUGUGUCAAUAAAUGCUGUGCAAUGCAAACUAAAUGUGUGGUAAAACGUGUACUAUAUGGCGGCAUGUGCACACAUAGACCCCAAGUGGUGCUCAACCACCCGUGCUGGAUGAAAAAAGUACCCUUUUUGCAACAGCCUUUUUUCCCCUUUCAUUAAUCAAUAUUAAAAAAAAUACAAAUAAAUUACCUCAUAUUCCAAAUUAUGUUCCACACUAAGCGUUUUGAUAUUUGACAGGGAUUUAUUUGAACCCUUGGGAAAUUUUACCUUAAUAACCUUAAUUUAUAUUGACUUUAAAUGGUGGCAGGUGUGUGCGGACCCCCAUUUAACUUGAGUUUCAAUGUGAUUGCUUAAUUCUGAACACAACCGCAUCCCCAUUUAGAAGAGUGUGUGCACCCACGUUAUCUCUGUUGUUUAUUUUGACUUCCUGUCAUAUUUUGUUUUCCAGUUGAGUUCCACAAGUUAUAGAGUAACUAGUAGUCACUGUGUUGA